CCCCUGGAAGGAACCCGCCCAUCCCUUGUGUCGUCACUAGAUCUCUUAAAAAGAUGGCCCCUCAGCGGCGCUUCCUUGUAGCGAGCCUAGUGGCGGGUGUUUGCAUUGAAACGUGAGCGCGACCCGACCUUAAAGAGUGGGGAGCAAAGGGAGGACAGAGCCCUUUAAAACGAGGCGGGUGGUGCCUGCCCCUUUAAGGGCGGGGCGUCCGGACGACUGUAUCUGAGCCCCAGACUGUCCCGAGUUUCUGUCUCAGGCUGCGAGGAAAGGCUCCUAGGCUGGGUCCGGGUGCUUGGCGGCGGCGGCUUCCUCCCCGCUCGUCCUCCCCGGGCCCAGAGGCACCGCGGCUCCAGUCAUGCUGAGCAGAGUAUGGAAGCACCUGACUACGAAGUGCUAUCCGUGCGAGAACAGCUAUUCCACGAGAGGAUCCGCGAGUGUAUUAUAUCAACACUUCUGUUUGCAACACUGUACAUCCUCUGCCACAUCUUCCUGACCCGCUUCAAGAAGCCUGCUGAGUUCACCACAGUGGAUGAUGAAGAUGCCACCGUCAACAAGAUUGCGCUCGAGCUGUGCACCUUUACCCUGGCAAUUGCCCUGGGUGCUGUCCUGCUCCUGCCCUUCUCCAUCAUCAGCAAUGAGGUGCUGCUCUCCCUGCCUCGGAACUACUACAUCCAGUGGCUCAACGGCUCCCUCAUCCAUGGCCUCUGGAACCUUGUUUUUCUCUUCUCCAACCUGUCCCUCAUCUUCCUCAUGCCCUUUGCAUAUUUCUUCACUGAGUCUGAGGGCUUUGCUGGCUCCAGAAAGGGUGUCCUGGGCCGGGUCUAUGAGACAGUGGUGAUGUUGAUGCUCCUCACUCUGCUGGUGCUAGGUAUGGUGUGGGUGGCGUCAGCCAUUGUGGACAAGAACAAAGCCAACAGAGAGUCACUCUAUGACUUCUGGGAGUACUAUCUCCCCUACCUCUACUCAUGCAUCUCCUUCCUUGGGGUUCUGCUGCUCCUGGUGUGUACUCCACUGGGUCUCGCCCGCAUGUUCUCCGUCACUGGGAAGCUGCUAGUCAAGCCCCGGCUGCUGGAAGACCUGGAGGAGCAGCUGUACUGCUCAGCCUUUGAGGAGGCAGCCCUGACCCGCAGGAUCUGUAAUCCUACUUCCUGCUGGCUGCCUUUAGACAUGGAGCUGCUACACAGACAGGUCCUGGCUCUGCAGACACAGAGGGUCCUGCUGGAGAAGCGGCGGAAGGCUUCAGCCUGGCAACGGAACCUGGGCUACCCCCUGGCUAUGCUGUGCUUGCUGGUGCUGACGGGCCUGUCUGUGCUCAUUGUGGCCAUCCACAUCCUGGAGCUGCUCAUCGAUGAGGCUGCCAUGCCCCGAGGCAUGCAGGGUGCCUCCCUAGGCCAGGUCUCCUUCUCCAAGCUGGGCUCCUUUGGUGCCGUCAUUCAGGUUGUACUCAUCUUUUACCUAAUGGUGUCCUCAGUUGUGGGUUUCUAUAGCUCUCCACUCUUCCGGAGCCUGCGGCCCAGAUGGCAUGACACCGCCAUGACGCAGAUAAUUGGGAACUGUGUCUGUCUCCUGGUCCUAAGCUCAGCACUUCCUGUCUUCUCUCGAACCCUGGGGCUCACUCGCUUUGACCUGCUGGGUGACUUUGGACGCUUCAACUGGCUGGGCAAUUUCUACAUUGUGUUCCUCUACAACGCAGCCUUUGCAGGCCUCACCACACUCUGUCUGGUGAAGACCUUCACUGCAGCUGUGCGGGCAGAGCUGAUCCGGGCCUUUGGGCUGGACAGACUGCCGCUGCCCGUCUCCGGUUUCCCCCAGGCAUCUAGGAAGACCCAGCACCAGUGACCUCCAGCUGGGGGUGGGAAGGAAAAAACUGGACACUGCCAUCUGCUGCCUAGGCCUGGAGGGAAGCCCAAGGCUACUUGGACCUCAGGACCUGGAAUCUGAGAGGGUGGGUGGCAGAGGGGAGCAGAACCAUCUGCACUGUUGCAUAAUCUGAGCCAGAGUUUGGGACUAGGACCCCCUGCUUUUCCAUACUUAACUGUGGCCUCAGCAUGGGGUAGGGCUGGGUGACUGGGUCUAGCCCCUGGUCCCAAAUCUGUUUACACAUCAAUCUGCCUCACUGCUGUUCUGGGCCAUCCCCAUAGCCAUGUUUACAUGAUUUGAUGUGCAAUAGGGUAGGGUAGGGGCAGGGAAAGGACUGGGCCAGGGCAGGCUCGGGACAUAGAUUGUCUCCCUUGCCUCUGGCCCAGCAGAGCCUAAGCACUGUGCUAUCCUGGAGGGGCUUUGGACCACCUGAAAGACCAAGGGGAUAGGGAGGAGGAGGCUUCAGCCAUCAGCAAUAAAGUUGAUCCCAGGGUUUGCUUUGUUUUUUUAAA